AUGAACACGCUCCGACAGGUGUUAGCUCUUGGACCACCUCUGCUCGUUCAGCUGAGCGAUUCUCCCGGGAAAAUUGAAGUUGACUUCCACAUUGACUACAACAUCACUGUGGGAGAAAAUAUUACGAAGAAAAUCACUUCUUACUCUCAUCAACAUCAAAAAGUUGGGGAAGAACACAAUGAUUGUAUAGUGGACGAUCCACAAGUCAACUUUUGUUACUCGACGACUUGCAACACAGAAUUGCAAAAACCGGUUAUCGAAGCAGCUCUGGCGUCUAGUGAUCCUUCAACUGUUGCAAGAACUAUCCAGAGAUCCAUAAAUCGUGAUUAUUGGGGAAUCGCCGUCUUGAAGCCUGGUGAGCUUGACAAAUUCACUGCCACUGUGAACUUUCUGAAUGGGCUGGUGUCCUUGAUGAAUUGGUGCAACAUCUUCAUUGGCAUUAAUCCCAGCAACCACCAACCUUCAUAUUCCCUUGUGAUUCAACUUGGAAAAAUUAUUUCUUAA